AUGCCAUAUUUAUUUACCAUCGUAAAAGUAUGUAAUAAACAACGCACUUACACUGAGAAUACUAAUUCUAGAAGACAAAAAACACGACGUGUCUAUUGUUUGAUUGAUGCUAGUGGAGUUGAAGUUAAGGUGUGCAAAGAGUUCUUCCAAAAUACAUUAAAAGUAUCAGCUGGAAGGAUAGAUAGAAUUCUCAAAGUUAAAGGGCAAUUGUCUACCCCUCCCUGUGACCGCAGAGGAAAAGCUCCAGCUGCAAAUAAGACAUCAGCGGAUAAAAUUGCCGAGUUGAAGGUUUUUAUCGAAAAAUUUCCAGCAUACGAAAGCCACUAUGCUCUUCACAAAUCGAAAAAUCGCAAAUAUUUGGCUUCUGACUUAAACAUCACCAAACUCUACUCGCUCUACACCAACCAAGUCGAAAAUCCUGUGUCAAAUUUUGUGUUUCGAAAAGUUUUUAACGAGGAAUUUAAUCUAUCGUUCCAUCCACCUGUAUCAGAUUCUUGCAGAAAAUGUGAUGCAUAUGCGAUUAAAAUCAAAGCUGCGGAAACCGAAGCUGACAAGCGAUAUCUGGAACAGGACUUGGAAUUGCACCAAAGAAAGGCAAGCAGUGCACGUAAUGGUCUUCAAAAAGACACUGAAUUGGCUAAAAACAACCUUGAAGUAACAGUCAUUACAUUCGACCUGAUGAAAACAUUACCUACUCCUUUACUCUCAACAGGCGUUUGUUACUACAAUCGACAACUAUGGACGUAUUGUUUUGGUAUCCACAAUAUGGGAAACGACGAUGUUUACAUGUGUGUUUGGAACGAUUUUACUCCUCUGUUUAUAAGCUUCUACAAAACUGUCAAGGCUAUCACGAAUAGUACUCAAUACCUCUAUGGUUUGGUCAAACGAUAUUUUUAA